ACCUUGCACAAGCUGGGAUGCCAAGGGAGCAUCUCGGCUUGCGGCUCUAUUCAUGGCAAGUACGAAGAACAUUCACGGCUAUGUUUAUCAUUAUUUUUUUUUUGCCAGUGUAACACAUUUAAUUCCCAGUAAUCAGACCAUCUAUGGGGUGAUGUGUUGAAAAGUUAAUUGGCAUAGCAUCAGCAAAGUGUAAUGGGGUUGCUGGAUAAACUGACGGGCUGGCUCGGUCUAAAGAAGAAAGAGGUCAACGUUUUGUGUUUGGGACUCGACAACAGCGGCAAAACUACCAUUAUCAACCAGCUAAAACCGCCUAACCAUUCGAAUCAUUUAGGCCCAUUGUCAGAAGAGUGGAAACAUGUUAGUCAGACACAGGCACAAGAAAUCGUCCCAACAAUUGGCUUCAACAUUGAAAAGUUCAAGAGUUCAAGCCUGUCCUUCACAGUCUUUGAUAUGUCUGGGCAGAGCCGAUACAGGAACCUGUGGGAGCAUUAUUACAAAGAGAGCCAUGCCAUCAUAUUUGUCAUUGACAGCAGUGACAAACUGAGGAUGGUUGUUGCUAAAGAGGAGCUAGAUACUCUUCUCAACCAUGAAGAUAUCCACAGCAAAAGGAUACCAGUUUUAUUCUUUGCUAACAAGAUGGAUCUGCAGGAUGCGAUGUCUUCUGUCAAGGUCUCACAGAUGUUGUGUUUGGAGAACAUCAAAGACAAACCCUGGCACAUCUGCGCCAGCAAUGCUAUCAAAGGAGAGGGCCUACAGGAAGGGCUGGACUGGCUACAAGAUCAAAUUGCACAAUCAUUUGAAAACAAUGAACAUGUGAAUGACUGAAAUGGCCGUGACCAUGGACAAAGGGGAUGUGGGAACUGGAUCUCAUUCAUCAUCUGGAUUAUUCAACACACUUGAUGUUGUAGGCCUUAAACUUAAAUGUCAAAUAACCAAGAAAUUCAUGUGCGUGCAACACCUUUAAGAUCUAUGAACCUUGAGAAAAAGAAAGAAAAAUCACAUAUAUUCUGAUUAUUUAAAGCACACCCCUGAUAGAUUUCCUUGUUAUAUAUCAUUUCGAGCGCAUUCUGUAAAUUAAAAAUAUCCUUUAUACUGUUUCUGUAUACAGUAACUUUUUUUUUAUUGAAGCUGCUUUUUCUAUUGACACAUGCUUUAUUAAUUUCAUCCUUUUUUGAAAACGCUGUCAAUGCUCAUUAUUGUACUGUCUAAUAAAAACCUAUUUGCUGAGUGUAAA